CACAGUGCACGGCCGAAACCUCGAUUGGCUGUUACAAUUUUCCAGGCUAUCGUUAACCCGAGGAAAGGUGAUGACGGACGUCGACUGAAAAGCCCGGAAAAUUCUUCUGCAGAGAGCCGCUGAAGUUACUCGAUGAAGUUCGACUGAGGAUGUAAAAAGAGUUCACAAGGAAAAUUGGCCGUUUGCGAUUUCCCGUACCGGAGAGAUGACAGUUUGCCAAUUCUGUCUCACCCCUGGAAUUUGAUUUACAGCUAUGCUGCCGAGGCUGCAGAAUCUGUCAGUGAAGAAAUGGAAAACCCUGAAGAGACACGUCGAGCGAGCUAUAGUCGGAGCACUAGUAGUGGACAAGAAAAGUCAUACGCUUGCCGAGCCGCACAACAUUCAUUACAAGAAUCUUCAGAGAUGCUAUAUAAUUGCCCUCUACCUCGCCACAUUUGCCGAUUGGCUUCAAGGGCCGUACAUCUACACGAUAUAUAAAGACUAUGGCUACUCAGACGACUCCAUAGCCAUACUAUACAUCACGGGAUUCGCUUCCAGUUGUGUGUUUGGCAGUGUGGUCGGCCAGCUUGCAGACAGGUACGGCCGGAAGGUGUUUUGCUCCAUUUUCACACUCCUCUACAGUGUAAGUUGCCUUACAAAAACUAGCCCAAAUUUUAAUGUUUUAUUGAUUGGAAGGAUACUUGGUGGAAUAUGCACCUCGAUUCUGUUUACUACAUUCGAGGCGUGGUAUGUCAAUGAACAUCUCAAUUUUUAUAAGCUUCCAGUCGAGUGGUUGAAUGUGACAUUCACUAAAGCGACAUUUUACUCCGGCCUCUCUGCUAUAUUAGCAGGAAUGGUGGCCCAGUUAUUCGUCGACUAUUUUGCACUUGGCCACGUAUCACCUUUCAUCCUCGCCAUCCCUUUUUUACUCUUGUCCCUUUUGGUAAUACAAUCGACUUGGAAAGAACACGUCGCCUUAGCCAAACCCCGAGAUGACAUUUUUGUAAAUUUCUUCACUCCUUUACGUAUUUUAACCGAGAACGAUGGAAUUCUUCUCUAUCUGGGCUUGGUACAGUCUAUAUUCGAAUCUGUGAUGUAUACUUUCAUAUUUUCGUGGACUCCGAUCCUCGCUGAUCUCCAACCCCCGUUGGGCCUCGUGUUCUCACUGUUCAUGGUGACCCUGAUGUGUGGGUCAAAAUUCUAUUCCUUGCUCAUAUCUAGACGGUGGCUGCCUCAAAACCUCCUUAUAUUCACAUCCAUCUUGGCGACGGGUACUUACAUAGUCGUGACGAUUUGCCUUACGAACAUAGUUGCCCAUGUUCAGGAUCACGACCCCAUCACCAACAAAACUAUGAGUAUAAUUUGUUUAUUGGCCUUUCUCGUUUUUGAAUUUUCCAUCGGUCUGUACUUUCCGACAGUCGGCUACCUGAGAUCACGCAUAAUUCCAGAAGACUACCGAGCCACUCUUGCAAAUUGGUUUAGGGUCCCGAUGAAUAUAAUAACCUGCUUCACUCUCACAAUGAAAUUUGGGGGUGAUACCGCCGACGUGACUGGGCUUCAAAAGUUUCAAUACCUUUUCACCUUCUGUUCUCUACUCAUGAUAGGAGCCAUCUUGGGCUCGGUAAUUUUCUCAAGGAAAUACUCGAGGAAGAUUCUGUACGAAGAACUUGAGGAGCUAAAAACUGGAAAGGCUGUACCAACUGAGACUGUUUAAUUUAUUUAUGAAGUUUACAAUACAAAUUGUAAAUA